ACAUUUGUCCGUUUUCUUUCUCUAGAGUUAAGAUACUAGAUACCAGUCUUAAAAUGAGGGUGAUUGACUAUUGAUUAUUUUUUAAUGUUGCUGUUUUAUAAUUCAUGCACUUUGAUCCUGUUACUCAGAUUUCUAAUCAUUACAUUGUACUCCUUGGGCUUUGCUUGAUACUGUGUUAAAUUUGAACUGUGGGCAUGUGAUUUUGCCUUUUUGUAGUUUUACAAAUUUGUGUAAUCUACCUCAAAUGAGUAAUUUUCCAGUAAUGCAUUGGUUACCUAUGCUGGCAUUUCUUGUUCAGUAACUUAAGGACUAUCUUGUCUCUCAAUUCAGAGACUAAUUAUCCAGGUUAGAUUGACCGGUUUCACUGCUUCUUAGCAACUUCAUGGAAGGGUUUGAGAAAGAAAUGUAGAGCAGUACACCCGGUGUGUGUCCAUGUCGAGAAGAGGAGGCUGGAUAAGCUGUGGACUGUCUGUGCCGGGAAAGAGCUUGUUGCUGGAUCUCAGAAGCCUCUUAGCAUUCGGGUUUUUUAACUGGCAGUUACUGCAGGGCCUCAGGCACAGGUUAUCCAGAAUGGAAGAAUGUGAGUGGAUGUGGAAAAGGAGAAACAACAUCCUUUUCUGCAGUAUGAGUGUGCACUUGAUGGAAGCUAUGAAAUUCAUCAAUAAAUAAGUUAUCAAAUAAUUGAUGACAUGUAAUUGAUAGUGUGUAAUGAACAGGCCCUUAAUAAUUGAUAGCUAGAAACAGACCUCCUUGUCAGCUAAGCAUUGGGUGUUUUCGUGUGAAGUGUAGCGGUGUGCUUUGUAUGUUGUUUUUCUACCAAAUAGCACCAUGGAUAAUGAGGAAACGGGGGACAUGCGCGUGCCAAGCACGGACAGUGUGAGAGUGGCGGUGCGGGUGCGGCCUUUCAGCCAGAGAGAGAAGAGCUCCGGGAGCCAAUGUGUGAUUUCCAUGCAUUCCCAAAGCACCACCAUCCGAGACCCGAAGGACAGAGAGCUUGUGAGGACCUUCACCUUUGACCUGGCAUAUUGGUCUCAUGAUGGAUUUCAAAAGGGUGAAGAUGGCGUCCUUAUUCCCUCUGAUCCAAGCAGUAAAUUCGCGGGCCAGAGUGACGUCUUCCAUGAUAUCGGGAGGGGAAUUCUAGACAGUGCCUGGAGAGGCUACAACGCCACUCUCCUGGCCUACGGCCAGACCGGCUCUGGAAAAAGCUACUCCAUGAUUGGCUUUGGCACAAACAAGGGUAUUAUUCCAAGAGUGUGUGAAGAGCUCUUCCAAGCUAUCGAGAAGCAAAAGGAAAAUGUAGAAGCCCAGGUCAUGUUUAGCAUGCUGGAAAUCUACAACGAACAGAUCAGAGAUUUGCUGUCUCGAACCAAAGCCCCCGGCGGGCUGAAGGUCAGGGAAGACCAGCAGCUGGGGUUCUUCGUGGCAGGCCUGAAGUGGGUGCCGUGCGGGAAUUACGCGCAGGUUGAAAAGCUAAUGGAGCAGGGCUCCAAAAUCAGGAUGACGGCCUCCACCAACAUGAACGCCAGCAGCAGCCGGUCCCACGUGCUCGUCACCAUCCAGUUCAAGCAGGUUUUCCUGGACACAGCUCUCACCAAACAAUCCAGCAUCAACAUGGUGGACUUGGCAGGAAGUGAGAGGCAGAAGUCCUCAGGGUCUGAAGGAGACCGGCUGAGGGAAGGAUCGAGGGUCAAUUUGAGCCUAACCAGUUUGGGAAACGUCAUCAGUGCUCUGGCUGACUCGGCCAUGGGGAAGAAGGUCCUGCAUAUUCCCUACAGGGAUUCUGUUCUGACCAAGCUGCUCCAGUCGGCUCUGGGCGGCAACAGCCGGACAACACUGAUUGCGGCCAUCAGUCCCGCGGACAUAUGCUAUGAGGAAACCUUGUCGACGCUGAGAUACGCCGAGAGGGCUAAGAAGGUUCAGAACAAGGCUGUGGUCAACACCUGCACCCUGGUGAGGGCGUCCAGGGCUGAGAACAAGCUGCUGCUUGGAUCCGGGGACGCUGGAGCGGCAGAACACUCAGCCCGUUUCCUGGCAGAACUGCAGCUGGGGACUCGGGUAACCUGGGCCCACCUGCUGGAGCAGGCACGCAGGGAGUGGGAGCAACAGCACGCGGCCCUCACAGAGGAGCAGGAGAUGGUGAAGACCCUCCCACAUCUCCUCAAUGUCAACGAGGACCCGCAGCUUACAGGGGUCCUCAAGUACUUCAUUCAUGAUGGCUCCUGUGAUGGUGGUCGGGCUGCCUCAAAUGCUAUCCGUCUUCAAGGCCUGGGAAUUUCGGAUAAGCAUGUGUCCUUCGUGAAUUUGGACAGCAGAGUGACGGUCGCGCCACACGGCAAGUGCAAGGUCAUUGUUAACGGGGUACCUGUCACCAACAGGACAAAGCUGCAGCAUUUGGACCGCAUCAUCUUGGGAUCCAACAGCGCCUUCCUCUACAUCGGGUUUCCCUCAGAGCGGGGUGCUGAGGACCUGAGCAGAUUCGACUACGACUUUUUCCAGCUGGAGCGAGCAGCCGCUGAGGGAGUGAGUGUAGGCACAUUUGGUGCUCUGAGCCCUGGAGCUGGCCAAGCCGACCCCAGCAUCUUAGCUGUGUUCCAGGACUACGUCAAACUCAUGCCGAUGGUUGUGGAAGCAAAUCAGAUGAGUGAAGAGUUGGGGAAGGGGCUUAAAAUGGAAUUGAAGGUGAAGAAUUUAGCCUCCUCAGAUUCCAGGGGCUAUGACCUCCAGAAAGAGGUCAUGGUGAAGGUGACCAAACAACAGACUCGUGAGGUAUGGAUCUGGUCAAAAGCCAAGUUUAUCAAUAGGAAAUUCCUGAUGGAAGAACUUUACCAGCGCUUUCUAGAGAGUGGGGACAGCCACGUGGCUCAGGAAGAUGACCCUUUCUGGGACCCUGUGGAGGCUGUCCACUUGGGAUCAGCACACAUCUGGCUGCAGUCCCUGGCUCACUGUAUGAUGCUGGAGGAGCAGGUGGAGUUUUUGAACUGCGAUGGGCUGGAGGAGGCAGUGCUGCACAUCCGAAUUGCCCCCUGCUCCCCGGAAGGAUGGGCACAAGGCGAGGAGGACAUGGUGAUUGACCCUCUAGAGCUUCUGGGCAAGAGAAUUGACUUCCAGAUUCACAUCGUGCGGUGCCUUGGUGUCAAAUGGCUAAAGGAAGAUGCAACUCGGGGCAUUCAGAUGGGGUACAAAGUUUAUGAUCUUCCAAAUAUUUUGUAUACCAAGCCUGUGUGGAAUAAUGUGAAUCCCCGAAUUGAAGAGACCAUCCACUUUGCAGCCUUGGGUGCCUCUCUUGAGUUUCUGAAUUAUUUACUGACAAAUGCCCUCAUUGUCGAUUUGUGGGGCCUCCAAGAAGGCUGUGUCCACUUGGGCUUCUCUCAGCUGGACGUCCUGCUCACAGAGGAAGGCCACAUCAUGGUAGACAGCAAGAAUUUUUCCAGUGUGAAGAAGGUGGGCCAGAUCACAUCAAACCAGAUGCCAGAACUUUACCAGAAGCUGCUCCGGUCAGAGCAGGAGACGGAGCUGCUGAGACACGUGAACAGAGCCCUGAGAGAAGAAAACGUGUUUCUCAAGGCAUCACUGGAAAACACUGGUUCUACUCAACAGGCCCAGAAGUCAGAUAAUCCAAAGGGAGCUUCUAUGACAGCACAGCUGCCCACAGCUACAGAGUCUAAGCAAAAGUGUGCUCAGCAAGCCAGCUGUGACGCACAGCUGGCCAGAGCGCUGAAGGCGUUCUAUCAGGGCAUGAGCAGGGCCAGAGGGCGGCUCCUUACUCUGAGGCAGUGCAGACCUCCGGAAGACGAUCAGAUGCUUCGACCUUUUGUGCACCAACAGUCACAGAUGCUAAAGGAAUUGGAGGACCUGCUUGAAUCCAGUUUACAGAAGCUAAAAACUGAUGUUGCUUUCAUAGUGAAGAAGAAGAAGGAGGAGUAUCUACUGCCUAGCCAACAGUGAAGAUGAGCCAAAUAAAAACUCCUCUGACUUAUGCUCUGACUUAAUGAGCUUCACAGACUCACAUAACUGUCUACCAUUUUUAGAUAAGGUGCCCUCACUUGCCUCUUCCCUGACAAGGAAGGACUUGCUGUGUGGACCAUAAUGGCUUUUUCUUGCCUCUGUACCCCAAGCCCCAAUACAGGGAUCACAGACCUGUGCCACCACCACACUGGGUCUUGACUAGAUUUAAAAAUCCUCUAAAAAUUGCUGGGCAGUGGUGGCACAAGCCCUUGAUCCCAGCACUCAGGAGGAAGAGGCAGGUGGGUUUCUGAGUACAGAGCAAAGUUCCAGGACACCAGGGCUACAGAGAGAAACCCUGUCUUGGAAAAAAAAAAAUGCUGUAAAAAUUAAUGCAUAUGCAAGAUGCCUGGUGAACGUUAAGAACCUGGAACUCUGGAUUUGAUCAUUCAAGGUUCAGUCCUGGCUAAAUCUAUCACUUAUAAAUUGUACCAUGUGGGGCACCUCAUUCACCCUCUCUAAGCCUCAUUCCUCAUCAGUUAUUUGGGAUGGUUAAUGAUUACCAACCCCCUGGCAGACAGUGUGCUCAGCAUUUACCAUCAGUGCUUUUGUGGGAAACAGCUCACAUUCAGUUUUUUUUUCCUUUAAAAAAGGUU